AUAAAAAUUAAAAUUAAAAUUUGUAAAAUACUAAACUUUUUGAGAUUUGGAAAUAAUUGAAUAAAAAAUCAAUUGUCGGAGUCAAUAGUUAGUGGUCACCGACUUCAGUGGUACUGUCAGUCUCUACUCGUCUCUUGUGGUUCAUUGAAGUAGAAGUGUACAACAACAAGCCCCCUAUAAGCCUACAACCCACUAUUUUCUGUUUUGGUUUGCUUUGUUCUUCACUCCAUUUUCUCUAAUUUCUACAAUCAACCUGUUUUUGCAGGAAUUCUUUCUGAUUUCGUUGGUUGAGAUUUUGGUGCAAUAGUUAGCAUUGCCUGGCAAUGGUUUUAGGUCUCAGGAACAAGACUAGGAGAGGGCCUAGUAUUCAGGUGGAUUACUUGAUUCAUGUUCAAGAUAUUAAGCCUUGGCCUCCUACACAAUCACUAAAAAAUGUACGUUCUGUCUUGAUCCAAUGGGAAAACGGUGAACGUAAUUCUGGGUCUACCAGUUCUGUGGCUCCUUCCAUUGAGGACGGAAAGAUUGUGUUCAAUGAAUCUUUUAGACUUUCUGCUACUCUGUCUAGGGAUAUGUCUGUCAAAACCGGAGGUGAUGUAGAUAUAUUUCACAAGAACUUGUUAGAAUUGAACUUGUAUGAACCUCGUAGAGACAAGACGGUGAAAGGGCAGUUGUUAGGGACUGCAAUCGUGGAUUUGGCAGACUAUGGCGUUGUUCGAGAAGUAACGAGUGUAAGUGCUCCAAUGAAUUGUACCAGGAGCUUUAGGAACACAAUGCAACCGAUUUUGAACCUUAGAAUACAAGCUUAUGAUAAGGUUCGAUCAAGUUCAGGUGUAUCGUUGAGGGGUAGAUUAGCCAAAGAAGCAUCGCUUGACAAGAAUGACGCAGAAUCAGUUUCCGCGUUAAUGAGUGAGGAAUAUGCUGAUGAAGCUGAGGUUGCUUCCUUCACCGAUGAUGAUGUUUCAUCACAUUCCUCACUCAAUGCUUCAUCAGUUCUUGAGUCAAAUGGAGCUUCACCUUCACAAAAUAAGGAGAAUGGCUCAAGUAGGGGAAAGCGGCAUGCAGAGUUUUCGUCUAACAAGGGGAAGCCAAAUGAUAGAUCGCAUUCUUUUUCCGAUUCCUCUGAGUUAGACUCGGAAUCGAACUUGGAAAACGAGUCUUCUACAUCAGGACAAGCUCAUGAAAGUAGUCGACAAGUCUUAGACGAAGUUGCUAGUUUAAAAGAUCAAGGACUUACUAUUUCGAUGUCAAAUGAAGAUCCGUCAAUCGCUAAAGCUAAAGGAAGUUCAAAGGAAGCACCCGGUGAACAUAACUUUGAAAAUGAUAUUUUAGUUCAAUCCACAAGGGGGAGUGAGAAAAAUUCCGAUGAUGUGGAGAUCAAAGAUGGGGACAUGCACAAAAACAAUGAUCGGAAAAUCCCGGUAGUGGAAGAACACAUAGUUGGAAAUCCACCAUGUGAUAUUCUUCCACCGGAUGUAAACGCAAACCAUGUUUUGUCCGAAAGUGAUUCACAUAUCAUGAGGGAUAGAGUUAGGCAUGUGAAAUCUGUUCGAUCCAUGAUGGAUUCUUCUAGAAGCAACAGUCCUUCCGGAGGUUUCUCUGGAAGCACUUUAAAGCAGGAAAUGAAAACCUCGGGAAACAGAAGUUACUCUUCUGAUGGUAAAACCCUCGGAUUAGAACAAAAGAUAAAGAUAUUGGAGAGGGAGUUGAGAGAAGCCGCUGCUCUUGAGGUUUCUCUAUAUUCCGUGGCUGCGGAGCAUGGAAGUUCCACUAAUAAGGUUCAUGCGCCUGCAAGGCGCCUUUCUAGGUUAUGUCUUCGAGCUGAAGAAGGAAUGAAGAGAUCAAGCGCCGCACAAAGCGCAAUCUCAGGACUAAUUAUUGUGGCAAAAGCUUGCGGAAAUGAUGUUCCUAGAUUGACCUUUUGGUUGUCAAACUGUGUUGUGCUCCGGGCAAUUGUCAGUGAGGCCUUUACAGAGGAGCAGUUGCCUGUAUCCGCUAGCUCGUCAACAGAAAGGACUAGAGUUGGAAAGGGAGUAAAUCAGAAAUCCUCUGUACUAAAGUGGAAACUUUCCUCCGAUACACAAGCUAAUAAAAAUUCUAUAAAAGGAAGUUUUCAAGAUUUUGAUGAUCCACACGCAUUUGUGUCUGCAUUACAAAAAGUCGAAUCUUGGAUUUUUUCACGAAUCGUAGAAUCUAUUUGGUGGCAGACUUUGACUCCGCACAUGCAGCCCGCAGCUGCUCAGAUGAUUGAUAAAUUAGUCGAUUCGGGCAUCUCUAAAAAGAAUAGGAGGUCAUCCUCUUCGGGUGACCAUGAGCAGGUCAACUUUUCGUUAGAGCUCUGGAAGAAGGCAUUCAAGGAAGCUUGUGAGAGGCUUUGUCCCCUCCGAGCUGGUGGUCAUGAGUGUGGCUGUUUGCCGGUGCUAGCUAAAUUGAUAAUGGAGCAAUGUGUGGCAAGAUUAGAUGUAGCAAUGUUCAAUGCUAUUCUCCGAGAAUCUGUCGAUGAUAUUCCAACUGAUCCUGUUUCUGACCCUAUUAGUGAUGCCAAGGUUCUCCCAGUUCCAGCCGGGAAAUCAAGCUUCGGUUCUGGCGCACAGCUUAAAAACGCAAUCGGAAACUGGUCUAGAUGGUUAACCGACCUAUUUGGAAUCGAUGAUGAUGAUCCACUCGAAGAAGAAAGGGAGGAUGAUGAAGAUGACAGUAAGGGCGUUAAAUGUGAUACCUUCACAUCUUUCCAUCUUCUUAAAUCACUAAGUGACCUCAUGAUGCUCCCAAAGGACUUGUUACUUAGUGAGUCAAUCAGACGAGAGGUAUGCCCUACAUUUGGUACCCAACUAAUUAAAAGAGUUCUCGAAAAUUUUGUUCCUGAUGAGUUCUGCUCAGACCCGAUCCCAGAUGCUGUCUUUGAAGCACUCGAUACUGAGAAUAUCAAUAAUACCGAAGAUGAAGGAUUAAUCAUUAACUGUCCAUGCACAGCACCUGCGGUAUUCUACUCCCCACCACUACCAUCCUCACUCGCCAGUGCGAUUGGCAUUAACUCAGGCACACAAAGUCCAUCUCAGUUACGAAGGAGUGGAUCGGUGCUUCGAAGGUCAAACACUAGCGAUGAUGAAUUAGAUGAACUAGAUUCACCACUCCACGCAAUUCUAAGCGAGGAUCCGUAUGUAUUGCCUGAAUGGAAACAAAAAUGGAAAGUGGUGCAAAAUAAACAGAAAUUUGCCAGUAGAUAUCAACUCCUUCGAGAAGUUUGGGAUGCCGAAUCGUGAAUAGGAUUGUGCAUUAGGAGAAUUGUAUAGAUGUAUGAACUGUAAUGUAGCAACUAGCAAGAUCCUUUUCCACUAAAUUCUGUAAAUAAAAUUAUGUUGUGAGUUGUGACUGUUUGAAUAACACCACAUGCUAUAUUACCCAAACAUCGUAAAAUGACUCUAAUGUAAGUGAGGUUUGGAGGAGUCAGAUGUACGCAAUUAUAUCUUUGUCGGUGAUAAUAAAAGGUUAAUGAUAUCACUAA